UUUUUUGACCGUUCGGUGUGUUCUAUAAAUUGAGGGCCCAGGUCGGUGGGAGAAUCAGUUCUACAUUGAGCCGCCAACCGAAAAUGCUUUCGAAAUCGCAACUAUUACUGCUCGUUGUAGGGUUCUGCCUGAAUGCAGCCGUUUCUGCUGACGUGGACUGCAGCAAGCGACCAUCGUUUGUGAAUCCCAAAACCUGCUGUCCCAUGCCGGAUUUCGUAACCUCCGAGUUGAAGGAGAAGUGCAUCCAGUUUAACGUUACCGCGCCGCCACCAACGGAUGGGGAGGCCAGUGGGUCCUUCGAGAGCAAGCGUCGCCACCAUCAUCCUCACCCACCACCGUGCUUCUUCUCCUGCAUCUUUAACGAGACUGGCAUCUACCAGAACCGGAAUCUGGAUCAGGACAAGCUGGAGAGCUAUCUGCAGGUGGUGUUCAAGGACAGCUCCGAUCUGCAGACCGCGGCCACACAGGCCUUCACCACCUGUGCCACCAAGGUGGUAGAGUUCGAGGCCAACUUGCCUGCUCGUCCCGCACCUUCUCCGCCACCCGGAAUGCCCUUCUGCCCUCAUGACGCCGGCCAUCUCAUGGGCUGUGUGUUCCGUAAUCUUAUGAAGAACUGCCCGGACUCGAUUCGAAAUGAUUCCCAAGAGUGCAGCGACAUGAAGGAGUUCUUCACCAAGUGCAAGCCCCCACGUGGUCCUCCUCCGUCCACCGAAGAUGUGUAACGCACCCAAGGAACCCUCUUUGUCUGAAAGCCCGCAAUAGAUAUACCUCCGCAAGCAGAACAUUAAAUAUUUUUCAAUUUACCCCAAUAAACAUUUAAAGCUCAA